AGUCUUGCAUUUCACUUCACGCCACCGCAGACUGACCUACGCUCCCAAGAUGGCUGGUGUACGAGCAGUUGGUGUUCUUUCCAGGCUAACAUCAAGAAGAUACGCUGUUUUCACGGGCACCACUUUUCGUUCCUUCUCAGUAUCUUCAGCUAUGCUAGCCCGAACACAUGUGAACUAUGAAGUCAACGGAGAUGUUGCUGUUAUACGGAUCAAUGACCCAAACUCAAAGGUCAACACGCUGUCACUUCAAAUGCAAAAAGAGAUGAAAGAGGUGAUGAACGAAGUAUGGGAAGACAAUACUGUUAAAAGUGCUGUCCUUAUCUCAUCAAAACCGGGGUGUUUCAUUGCAGGAGCUGAUAUCAAUAUGAUCCAGGGCUGCAAAACCGCAGAAGAUGUUACCAGACUUUCUCAGGAAGGACAGAAAAUGUUUGAGCAGAUUGAAAAAUCUCCAAAGCCCAUUGUCGCUGCCAUCAAUGGCUCUUGCUUAGGAGGAGGCUUAGAGUUUGCUGUUGCCUGCCAAUACAGAGUUGCAACAAAAAGCAAAAAAACAGUCCUGGGUACUCCUGAAGUAAUGCUGGGUCUUCUACCUGGAGCUGGUGGUACGCAGAGACUCCCCAAAAUGGUUGGUCUUCCCAGUGCCUUUGACAUGAUGCUGACAGGACGAAAUAUCCGAGCAGAUAAAGCCAAGAAGAUGGGGCUUGUUGACCAACUCGUAGACCCUCUAGGACCUGGACUGAAGAGUCCAGAGGAAAGAACUAUAGACUACCUUGAGGAAGUUGCCAUUGAAUGUGCCAGAGGGAUCGCCGAUAAAAAGAUUUCUCUUCGCAAAGAAAAAGGCACAAUGCAGAAAAUUCAAGACUAUGUUAUGAGCUUCCCUUUUGUACGGAAUCAGAUUUACAAAACGGUUCAUGGCAAAGUUAUGAAGCAGAGCAAAGGGCUUUACCCAGCACCCCUGAAAAUUAUUGAAUCUGUGAAAACUGGAAUUGAACAAGGACCUGCUGCUGGAUACCUGGCAGAGUCUCAGAAUUUUGGUCAGUUGGCUAAAACCGCAGAAUCGGCAGCCCUGAUUGGGCUGUACCAUGGUCAGGUUGCAUGCAAGAAGAAUCGCUUUGGAACUCCUGAAAGAGAAGUGAAGACUCUUGCCAUCUUGGGAGCUGGUCUUAUGGGGGCAGGUAUCGCCCAGGUGAGUGUGGACAAAGGUAUCCAUACAAUCCUGAAAGACACCACAGUGGAAGGACUGGCCAGAGGCGAACAGCAGGUUUACAAAGGGCUCAAUGACAAGACAAAAAAGAAGCGUAUUACGUCGUUUGAGAGAGACUCCAUACUGUCCAACUUAACUGGCCAGUUAGACUAUACAGGCUUUGAAAAGACAGACAUGGUUAUCGAAGCUGUGUUUGAAGACAUCAACAUCAAGCAUAAAGUAUUGAAGGAAAUGGAGGCUGUGAUCCCCCCUCACUGCAUAUUUGCCAGCAACACAUCUGGCCUGCCCAUAAAGGACAUCGCUGCUGCCAGCAAAAGACCAGACAAGGUGAUUGGAAUGCACUACUUCUCCCCUGUGGACAAGAUGCAGCUCCUCGAGAUUAUAACCACUGAUAAGACAUCAAAGGACACUACUGCCUCUGCUGUGGCAGUUGGCCUGAAACAAGGCAAAAUCAUCAUAGUUGUUGGGGAUGGACCAGGAUUCUACACAACAAGGUGUCUGAGUACCAUGUUGUAUGAGGCAGUUCGAAUACUUCAGGAAGGUGUUGAUCCAAAGAAGCUGGAUGGAUUAACCACAAGUAUUGGGUUCCCUGUGGGUUUGGCCACACUGGCUGAUGAAGUUGGCAUUGACGUUGCAGUCCAUGUGGCCACUGACCUCCAAAAUGCUUUUGGCUCCCGCUUCAGUGGUGGAAAUGUGGACCUGUUGAAGACCAUGGUGAACAUGGGAUUCAAGGGCCGCAAAUCAGGGAAGGGUUGCUACGUCUACCAGCCAGGACGUGAAGUCAAAGACGUGAACCCAGAGAUUGGAGACCUCCUUGAGAAAUAUAAGCUGACACCAAACCCUGCUGUCUCAUCCGACUCUGAUAUGCAGUACAGACUUGUCUCUCGAUUUGUCAACGAAUCUGCGAUGUGUUUGCAAGAAGGUAUUUUGAACAGCCCCUUGGAAGGAGACAUAGGAGCUGUGUUUGGUUUGGGAUUCCCCCCGUACCUUGGAGGACCAUUCCGUUAUUUGGACAACUUCGGUGCUGACAAACUGGUGGACAAGAUGAGACGAUACGAGGCCGUCUAUGGGAAUAAUUUCACACCAUGCCAACUUCUACUGGAUCAUGCAAAAGAUUCCAGCAAGAAAUUUUACAAGUGACUGAUCCACCAUGCGUGCCAGUAGCUGAUAGUAAAACUCCAGCCUGCCAUUUGAAUGUGCCUAACGUUUGUAUCGGGUAUAGGUGGAUAAUAAACUGAGUAUACGCCUUGACCUAACCUUAAGUAAUGCUGUUUGAUGUAAUAGUUCUACUGUAAAUUCUGCCUUCAUGAAACUUGUAAUGUUCUGCUUUUAUUGGUGCUGUUUUAAAGUGGUGUAGAUUUAACUUGAUUAUUUCAUAGGAUGCAUUCCGAGGUGUGUUAAAUCAUUUACCCACUGUUUUUUUUUAAUCAAAUUGAAUCUCCACUUUCUGGUUUAAAAAAAAAAAAGUGUGCACAAAAGCAUCGAAAAUUAUGUUGAAUCAAUACUUCUGAAACUGUGUCAACAAAAGUGGAACAUUUCCAUCUUCAUGGAGCUCAGACUGCAUUGGUUUUUGUUAGGUCUACCAAAUAAACUGGCGAUGGGCGAUUUUAAAUGGAAGCUUUUUUUUUUAUGUUAACUUAGGCUUUAUUGACCGGAUGUAUAGGUGUGUGGAGGUUAAUCAUUUACACAAUACAUAUGUAAAAACUAAACUGUAGAUGUAAAAGAAAAUCCAGCUGGUAACAAUGAAUGUCUACGAGUAUGGCUCAGUGAAUGCCGUUUUUUGUUUUUUUUUCCUACGUUGAAGAUUUUCUGGUUUGAUCUGGACAAUAUGAUGUGAAAUAAAAGCUUGACUCAAUUAAA